GCGCUUUGUUGUAUUUAAAAUUUAACAAAAAGAACUAAUUUGCCUGGUAGCGGUAGUCUUGAAUUACCAAUCUCGUUUUAAUAUAAUUAAACAAACAAUUUUCUUUUCAUUUAAACAAUAGCGGUAUAUCGGAUUCCAUUCGAUCUUCACUUGCGGCAUUCUUUUAAUAAAACACAAUCAUAUGGUUGAGUUGUCGCAAAAUUUAAAUACUCCAUUUUAAGAUGGGACAUUUAAAGAAUAACAAUAAUGACUUAACGCCGGAAAAUUUUUGUUUUGAGAAUUGGUAACUCAUCUUCAUGUUUACUGAGGUCAAUUAAAGAAACAUGUAUACGGUGGUAAAUCGUCCUGAGGUGGAGGAACAUGAACGACAACCGGGAGAACCAUUACCAUUGAUAAUUGAUCAUAGGAAGGGAGAUAAGUGGAAAAAUCGUCACCGAAAGGAACAACUCCCAUACGACACACUGAAAAAACACCGUGAUACACUUUUAGAAUCAGAAAUAAAAUACAAGAAGACAAUUCGUGAGUUGGAAAAGGAACGGGAUGAACUCGUUGCUACCUACGAGACUGCUUAUCAAGAAAACAAACAAUUGAAAAGCAUUCUUGAACAUGGUCCAGAUGCAGCGAAGUUAAAGCAGCUAAAUAAAGAUAAAAAAGAGCAAAAAGGUCUGAUAGAAAAACUUCAGGAAGAAAACAACGAAUUGGGAGAGAGGUUAAAGCGGUUAGAAAAGAUUGAAAAACUAACUGAUCCAGGCAAUAUUAUGCUUGAGAGAAAUUGGAAGAAAGCGUUGGACAAAGUGAGAAAGAUGAGAGAGGAAGAGGAGGCUAUUCCAACGCAAGGUCCAUUUGCUGGUGGUAAACUUUUUAAGAAGAAGCGCAUUGCAAUAGAUGAUGCCCAGGUAGAACUUGAUACCUACGAUCUACAAUUAGAUUCUGUUCAAAAAGAAACACAAAUUCUUUUAAAUAAAGUAAAACAACUCAAACGCGAAAAGGAACAAAUCGAUUAUUCGCUGAUUAUGGGUAAAGGACAUGUAGUUAGAAAUGCUGUUGUUGCAAAUGCAAUAAGUGAAAAAUUAAACAGGGACUUGAAUAAAUAUGCAAUACGCCUAGAAAAGCUUAAGCUUAAGCAUAAAAGUGCAAAGAUGUACGUAGAAGAUGUGAGAGUUGUCCUUGGACAUCCAAUCAGAAGGUCAUUUGCAAGUCUACCGAUAGAGGUCAAAUAUCUUGAGCCAGUAACGCCGCUAAAACCCGAUUCUGCAAAUUUGAACGAAAAUGAAAAGAAAGAUGAUACGCCACCUAAAGAGAAAAAAGUUCCUUGGUCUUUAUCUACGAAAUUAUCGCCCCCUGAAAACAAAAAGCAGCCUGUACCUGAGAGAGAUAACUGGAUACCACCAAAGCAGUUUGAAAAACCAGGAACAUAUACAAAAAUCCAUCAAAAAUCUGGCCCGCCAUUAGAUCAAAAAGCUACGCAAAAUGUUUCAUUGAAUUCAUCCGAUGUCAACGACUCAUUAGACAAAGGAGAAACAGUAAACCUUAACUUCCGAGAUGACAUGCGAAUACAAAAACCAAGGCAUAGAAUAAAAACUUCAAGCCAAGGAAGUCUCAUACGAACAACAAAAGCUCAAUCUAUGCGUGAUUCCUGGGUCAAAACAAAGGAUGCUUCAAACAAAACUGGUGGUCCAAAGACCAACAACAAUAAUUCAGCUAAGAGAAGAAACAGUUCAAAGACUGUAGAUAGUAAUCUGAGGUUUGAUGAGACAAACAACAGAGUUCAGUUGACAGCAAGGACUAAUAAAACCUUCCCAAAUAACCGACCUGUCUACCGACAACGUAAACCGGAAGUUAAAGAUAAUGAGACAUACGACGAUGUGCUUGAAUCGUUAAAAAGUCAGACGUAUUCCGUUCGUGAACAAAUGGAUCAAAAUUUUGCAUCUCCUGAACCUAUUGACUUUAACGGCGAUGGGCGCAAUGUGCAUCGAGGGGAUAUGUAUACUAUGGGGAAUACUGGGAUAAGAGACAAAAACUUCUUACCGGUGAAAUUUGUUAUGUAAAGAAAUGAAUUUAUAUUUAAUGACAAUAUGUUACAGUUGUGCGUGAUUUUCCACUUAAUUAAAUAUGAAUUGUUAGAAAUGUUAUCAAAGAGUGUUACAUA